GGUAGCAGGUAGCAGGUUCCAGUGAUCGGCGACGGUGAGUGGCGCGUACGGUGGUCCCUCGGACGACGAUGUUGGGCGCCACUGUUGGCAAAACCUUGUGCAGAAGGAAAUGGAGUCCAAGCAGUUCGAGUGCGCUGUGGUUUUCGUCAGUUCCAAGAACUAAAGCGCCGUUGGAGAUGGCUGAAAGAGAUGGGGAACUGAGGGUCUUCGUUGUUGCAGGCGAAGUCUCUGGAGACUCCAUUGCUUCUCGUGUCAUGGCUUCCCUCAAGCUUCUCUCCCCUUUCCCUGUUCGCUUUGCUGGUGUUGGAGGGGCUAAGAUGUCAAGUGAAGGAAUGCAAUCUCUUUUUCCCAUUGAGGAUAUCUCGGUCAUGGGAAUUUGGGAACUACUGCCGCAUUUGUAUAGAAUCCGAGUGAGAUUGAAGGAAACUGUAGAAGCAGCUGCUUCAUUUGAGCCUCAUGUUGUAUUAACCGUAGACUCUAAAGGCUUUUCUUUCCGGUUCUUGAAGCAGCUAAGAGCUAGAUAUAAUCAGCAAAAACCACACUGGCCAGUACACUUUCACUAUGUAGCACCAUCAUUCUGGGCAUGGAAAGGAGGCGAAGCAAGACUCAGAGGGCUAGCAGAAAUUGUAGAUCAUCUAUUGUGCAUACUUCCAAAUGAAGAUAAAAUAUGUAAAUUGAAUGGAGUGUCUGCAACCUUUGUUGGCCAUCCAGUCCUAGAAGAUGUUCUAGAAUUGAAUUUGAGAAGCAAUUACUUAGUCCCUGAUUGGAGGGCUGAAGGCAAUGCUGAAGAUUUCCGAAAUAAACAUGUGAUACCCUCAGGAGCCACUGUUAUUAGCUUGCUUCCUGGAAGCAGGGUACAAGAAGUCACCCGGAUGCUUCCCAUCUUUGCAAACACAUUGGAACUCCUGAAAGAGACUUUUCCUCAGAUGAUGACAGUCAUUCAUGUUGCGCCUAACAAGUAUGUGGAAAAUUUUAUUGCUGAGGCUGUUCAUAGAUGGCCUCUUCCUUCUGUUUUAAUUCCUGGCGGAAUGACUCAGCUGAGAUAUGAUGCCUUUAGUGCAAGUAGAGUUGCAUUAUGCACAUCUGGGACUGUUGCUGUGGAGCUGCAGCUUGCACGUCUACCUUGUGUUGUUGCAUAUCGUGCCAAUUUUUUGACUGAAUGGUAUAUCAAAUACAAAGCUAAGAUACAAUACAUUUCACUUCCCAAUAUCCUCUUGGAUUCAGCUAUUAUUCCUGAAGCGCUCUUCCGGUCCUGCACACCAGGGAACCUAGCCUUGUUGCUCAUGAAUUUAAUACACGAUAACAAUUUUCGAGAAGAACAAAUAGUGGCAGCUGAAAAGUUUGUUAAGCUUCUACUGCCUUCAGAAAGAAUACGAGGCAACCUUUCUCAACAAGAUUUGAUGAGAGCUAAUUCUAACUACAGUCCAAGUGUAGUUGCAGCAUUGACUAUAUUGAACUAUGGAAAGCCUAUAUAACAAGUAUCUAAGGACAUCCAAAUAUUGAAGGAUCUACGACAUCAAAUUAUUUACAACGAAAGUUCAACAUUGAGGUGGAGAUUGUUACCUAAUGUUCCAAACCACAUGUAAUCUAAAGCACUCGGAAAUGCAUCAGGUUUUAUUUAUAUUUAUAAUACAUUUUUUAAUUAUAUCAAUAUGCUUGUUACUGUCUUCUGACCAUAAUUAGUACACAGAGGUUCCAAAUGUUUACAAUCAUUCAUAGAAGUUACUCAUCUAAGAAGUUUUGUUCAGUAGAUGUGAGAUGAAUAGCUUAUAUGGAAAGCUUUUUGUUAGAAAAAAACUAAAACAAACAUUUCUUUGACUGUCUUAUUUUAGCCAUUUCCAUAACUCAAGAUCAUUUGAGAAGAGAGAUAUGCAAAGACUAUCUGUUAUCUACUAUAUCGUAAACACAUGUCAGAUUUCUUCAUUGAACCUGUUGUUUUGGAGGCCAAUGGAGUGAUACAAUCCCUUGCAAGUGAUUUUGUUUGAGGUUCAACACUAACUCUUUGAUGCUUCCUAUUGCAUCUAGAUGUGAGAGUGAGAGGAGCAAAUCUGAGCAUAUAACCAUACAUGGAUGGUUAGGCUUUAAGUUUUUUAAAAUGUCAGAUGAUCACUUAGAUACCUUUCCAUUUAUGCAAUAUCUAACUGCUCGGAUUUGUUCCUCCCACUCUCGCAUAAGCUCACUUUUUGCACUAGAUACCGAUAUGCAAGACUCUUAGAUGCCUGGAUUAGGCCUAUCUUAUUCUUGAGAUUAAAUUUUGAAUAUUAAACUUGAGAUUUGCAUCUCAGUUGGCAAUCUUCACUCUUGAAGUAAAAAUAGAGAUAUUCCAUUAUGUACUUGAUAGGAACUGGUAAUUCUAUUGUAGAAUAAGUGUAUACUAUAUAGAACUUCCGACAAGAAGCUCAUGUUAUAGGUUAUUUCAAGAAAACAAACAUAGAAGAACAAGCAUAUUCUCUAGGUAGGAGAAGAAAAUGAAAAGGUAACAAACAAGAUAAGCUGUAUACAAUCUUCAUCAGAAAUCAUACAACUAUUGUCUAUUGAAUAAUUAAAAUAUGGAAAGGAUAUUUGAAAACUCUCCACUCUCUUCACUAAUCCACUCCUUUUUAGUUAUGGAAAUUAACUCUUCUAAGUGGAACUAGUUGGGUGUCCUAACACUACUACUUUCCAAUUACAUGGAAAUUUCAAACUGAUUUAAAAGCUUUAUAGCUUGUUGGACCCAUAAUCUGGAAG